AUGGAAUGGCAGCACGAAUCUGCGCCCGGGAUGGACAACCCGGUGGCCCUCGUUCAGGUGGCUAGCGAGGAUGUGUGCCUCAUCUUCUACAUGCUGCAACUCGGUAGCAUGCCCCCAGCUCUCGAAGAGCUGCUUCUCGACAAGCACUUCUUGAAGGUGGGACUCGCUGUGACCAACGAUCUGAGAAAGCUGCACUCACAGUUCUUUCUCAUCCCGCGAGGGUUGCUCGACGUCGCUACGAUGGCGCGCAGGCUCAGCUACACCCGCCUGGGUCUGCAGUCGCUGGCGCAGGACCUCCUCGGCAAGCACCUUUCAUACGCCGCCACCGACGCCUUCACCACACUUCUCAUCUACAAACAGCUCAAAGCGAUCGAAGUCGCAGAGUGCCAGGGACACUACUGGACCAUGGUGCUGGCCGACGAUGAGGCGGCCAUGGAAGCGGAGCUCAACGCCGUCGGCCCGCGCAUCAGGGAGCUCAAAGAGAGCAUGCAGAAGCUCACCCGACACAACACCAACUUGGCCGCCCAGCUGGCCACCGUCAAAGCCGAGGCCCAGCGCACCAAAGCCGCCUACGAGGCCAAGGCCCAGCGCACUCGGGCCGCCUUCCAAGCUGAGGCCCAGCGCACCCGGGCGGCAUUUCAAGCCGAGGUCCAGCGGACACGGGACGCCUUCGAGGACCGUAUCGCAGAAAUCGAGGAACAUCUGUUCUGGUGA